CGCGCAGACGGACCAGAUCUUUCUCUAAACUUUUCAGCUGGAACGAGAGAGAAUGCUCUCGAUCUCGGUGGCGGUGGUGACCUGGCUGGUCUGUCUGAAGACUUUCUCUGCAGCCCUGGAUCCGGGCCUGGAUAAAGACUGGGAAGACUGGAUGAGCACCCAUGGCAAAGUGUACGCCAAGGGGGAAGAGGCCUUCCGGAGAGCCACCUGGGAGGAGAAUCUGCGCAGAAUUAAACAACACAACUACGAGGCUUCCCUGGGGAUGCACACCUACACGAUGGGCAUGAACCACUUCGGCGAUUUGACUGAAGAGGAAUUUAACCAGAGGCUGAACUGCUUCCGUCCUGACUUGGCCGAACAAGAUGGUGGCAAUGACACCUUGUUCCAAGAAACGUCCAAUCUGGAAAUUCCCAGACACGUAGACUGGCGCACCAAAGGUUACGUCACCAGAGUGAAAGACCAGGGCACCAGCUGUAGGUCUUGCUGGGCGUUCAGUGCCACCGGAGCGCUUGAGGGCUUGCAUUUCAAGAAGACGGGCAGGCUGGUCUCGCUGAGUGAACAGAACCUCAUCGAUUGCUCCUGGGGGCAAGGCAACAAGGGCUGCGGCGGAGGGUCCAGGAAUCAGGCCUUCAAGUACGUUAGUCUGAACAAAGGCAUCGCAUCCGAGCAAACCUAUCGCUACGAAGCAAGGAAUGGAAGAUGUCGGUACAACCCCCGGCAACGAGCAGCUACCUGUACUUCAACGGUCAGAAUUGCAAAGAACAACGAGAGAGCCCUAGAACAGGCUGUGGCCACAGUCGGGCCAGUUUCUGUCGCGGUUGAUUCGAGACACAUGAAGCAGUACACCGGAGGAAUCUAUUACAACAAGGGGUGCAGAGGUUCCUUGAACCAUGCCAUGCUGGUGGUCGGCUACGGCUUUACCAGGGAACACCAGAAAAUAAAGAAUUACUGGAUCUUGAAGAACAGCUGGUCUGAACGCUGGGGUGAGAAAGGCUACAUGCGGCUGGCGAAAGGAGUCAACAAUCAGUGUGGUGUUGCAAGUGAUGCGAGCUUCCCCGUCCUGUGACCAGCUGCGGGGGCCACGAUCCCAUCUUCUGGAACUGUCCCAGCUACAAAGCAACAAUAGACCAACCACUACCUCCUC